CCUUACGCAAUCGGAGGACGCGGUGCACCGGCUGAGGCUAUCGACCUUCGCGGUUACUUGAAUUAACUGUUAUGUUGUUGGAAAUAACUUGAUGUCAAGCAGUCCGCAGGGCGCAGCUCGUCACAGGCGAGUCGCAUUCGCACCUGUACGCGGGACUUGGAAAAACCAUCCAAUGCAAAAUCCUAGACACAAAUAAGACAUAACAAUGUGUUCGUUAUUAUUUCUCGUAAUCUACAUUGUUGCUACGGAAUUCGCGAGUGCGGCAUCGAUAUACGACCAAAGCCAGACCGGUGACAUUAAUGUGCAAAUUGAUUUAAAAGAUCUUCAAAUAAUAGCUCUUACAAAAAGUACUAAAGAAGAAUAUGUGGACUAUGACUAUGCAUAUGAUUACUCGGAGAUGACGAUAAAACCACAGAACGGUACUACACAGAAACCGUUAAACGUGACCAGCAGCACAGGUGCAGAUGUUUUGAAAGAUAACACCACUAUUUCUACAACGGUUUACGCGGACACCACAACUGAAUCGAUGAAAAACAGCACCUUGGAGACUGUGAGCUCGGUAGAAGUAACAAACAUUACUGCGUUUACUACAGAAAAGAACGUCCAAACGACAACGAGUAACACAACAAUAAAUAAGAUCGACAUCAUUACUGCUGCCAACGCUACUGCUGGUUGCACCAGGGGGUAUGUGCGCUGCGACUCGCAGCAACCACAGCAGAGUAAGCCCUUGUCAAUACUAGAAAUGCUUUCACAGAAAUUUAAGAGAAGAGAAAAUAGAAAAAAUGUCGACAAGAAAGAAUGAUAUUGUGAUAAUUUUUUUGU